GUUUCUGCUAGGAAACAGCAAUAGGCUGCUUUGCUUUGGACUGGGCGGGGAUAGAAACUUUCUCAUAUGACAAGUCUUUUGGAAGGAGUUGUAAUACUUGUUAGUCCCACUUCUGCUCAGAGCAGGCUUUGCAUAUGCUCAAUUUAGGAGAAAACAGCGAGGAAAGAGACCCAGGAACGGAUAUAACCCCGGUAGUCGGGCUUCCUUAUAGUUUUAUUUUGCUUUCCUGUCUGUCUGAAGAUGCCUUCGCCUGACCGCCUAUAAAUCCCAUGUGGGAAGAGAAUGACGCGUUUGCUUUGCGAACUGUAAAUGGCAUCUCCGAAGAAAUCCGCCUGCCUAUUUGAGAAGACUGGGUUUUCCCUACCAAGCCUGCGUGUUUUCGCGAACUGAAAUCUUGGUCUUCGUGUGUCUAUUUGGAAUACUGUCUGGAGCCCAUUUCACUGAAGAAUGCAGCAUCACUUGGAACUAGGUGCACAUUACUAUCCUCCUGACCUGCACCCUGACCACAGAUCCCAUCGAUACAGGAGUUUUAUGAUCGAAGAGAUCCUGACUGACCAUCCAGACCACAAAGUUUCCGCCCCAACAGGAGAGCUGCUCAAGUUCGGGGUGCAAGCUCUGUUAUCAGCAAGACCUUACCACAAUCAUUUAGUUUUGAAGGCGGACCAGACGAGUGUUUUUAAAUUCCCCAUGCCUCCGCUAUCCUGCUCCCUCGGCGCCCCGCUGGGGUCAGCGCUGCUGUCCGGAGGAUCCGGCCUGUCAGCCGGGCAAGGUUCGCACCACCUGCCGCUGGAUCUUCACCUCCGGAGUAAACUCGACCCGGUGUCGGAUGCAGGAAGCAAGACGAAAAAGGGCAGACGGAGUCGGACCGUCUUUACUGAACUGCAGCUCAUGGGGUUGGAAAAAAGGUUCGAGAAGCAAAAAUAUCUCUCCACACCAGACAGAAUAGACCUGGCAGAGUCACUGGGUCUUAGUCAGCUGCAAGUAAAAACGUGGUAUCAAAACAGAAGAAUGAAGUGGAAGAAAAUUGUUUUGCAAGGCGGAGGCCUAGAAUCACCCACCAAGCCCAAAGGGCGCCCGAAGAAGAACUCGAUUCCCAGCAGUGAGCAGCUUUCGGAGCAGGAAAGGUCCCGGGACGCAGACCGCCAAUCCGACGGCUCUUCCUCGGCACAGUGUGACGUCAGCCAGGAGGAGUAGAACGGGCUGGGUGUUGAUGCGCAUGGACUUAUGGCACCGAGCACUGAGCAGCCGGGCGCUCGUUUUUUUGGGAUGUACCCUCGACCGUCGCUAGCUUGGCACUAAUGACUGAUGUACCAUAUGUGGUAGUCUUUUCCAUAUUUUAUUUUUCGUUUUCAAAUAAAAAAAAAAAAGUUUAGGUUUUCAGCAAGUAAGGACUCUUCUAAUUUUAUUCUGUAUCUUUAGCGGGGAUGAACUGAUGUGCCUCAGUCAUCUUCUAAAAGAGGAAUCGGAAGCGAUAUUUCAGUGGUCAGUAGGUCAGCACUGACUUUGGUAUUUAAGGACAAUAUUGACUUGCACGUAAAAUACAGGCCCUGUUCUGUUACGUUCCCUGUUCUUCUUCCAAGAAUGCAUUUAUUUUUUUAAAGAAACACAACGGAUUUAUCCAUUAAAACCUGUUUCAUACUU